AUGGCUGCCGUCUCCGGCCCCACUGUUUUGGGUGUACCCCGGCGACCCGAACCUCCGCCCACCCGUUUCCACCCGGUGCACGGCGCCAACAUCCGCGUGGAUCCCUCCGGGAUGCGGGCCACGCGCGUGGAGAGCUUCGCGCACGGCGUGUGCUUCAGCCGGGAGCCGCUGGUGGCGGGCCAGGUCUUCCUGGUGGAGAUCGAGGAGAAGGAGCUGGGCUGGUGCGGGCACCUGCGUCUGGGCCUGACUGCGCUGAACCCCGCGAGCCUGGCUGCCGUGCCCGAGUUCUCGCUGCCCGAUCUGGUCAGCCUCGGCCACACUUGGGUCUUCGCCAUCACUCGCCACCAUAACCGUGUGCCCCCUGAAGACCACCACCAGGGCCCGGAGGCAGCUGCCCCCCGCCGCCCCCCAGCCCUCCUGGAGGAACCCUAUCUGUGCGUCGAGCAGUUUCGCAUCCCCCGCGACCGGCUGGUGGGCCGUAGCCAGCCGGGGCUCUACAGUCACCUCCUGGACCAGCUCUAUGAGUUCAACGUGCUGCCUCCCACCGCGCGACGCAGCCGCCUGGGUGUUCUCUUCUGCCCGCGCCCUGAUGGCACUGCCGACAUGCACAUCAUCAUCAAUGGCGAGGACAUGGGCCCCAGCGCCCGGGGACUGCCGGCCGCCCAGCCCCUCUAUGCAGUGGUGGAUGUGUUUGCCUCCACCAAGAGCGUGAGACUGGUUCAAGUGGAGUAUGGCUUGCCCUCCCUGCAGACGCUGUGCCGCCUAGUGAUCCAGAGGAAUGUGGUACACCGCUUGGCCAUUGAUGGGCUCCACUUGCCCAGAGGACUUAAGGAUUUCUGCAAGUAUGAGUAAAGGCCUCCAGCUACUCAGGGCUGUCUCUGAGGUACCUCACCGCUGCCAAUUCUGAGGAGAAAUAAAUGGCCAGUACUGA